GGUUAGCCCAUUGAUAAUUGCUGUGAAUUGAGAAAUUAGACAUUUUUUAAUGUAGUUUCGCCCUGUUUUCUCCUUUAUUUUCUAUUGACAUCUGGAAGUCUGUCAUCGGUUCAAUGUAAUGUUCGGUUUUAUAAUAUUUUGUUUCUAGUUCAACAAUUAAAUAUGCUCAUUGAAGAUGAGAAAACCAGUGAAUCAGUGGAUGAAUCGAAAAAUGAUACAGGUCACAGCAGUGCCUGUGACUCAACUAGCUCUAUUAAAACAAAUGGAGAGAGAAACGCAGCACCAGAUUCUUACAAUGAUCAAAGAAGCACUGUUAGCAGUGGAUUUCAAAGUGGCUCCACAUCAUCAGCUGACAGCGGCCAACGCAGUUUUGCCACGAUUCUUCCUUGGGGUGUGCAAAAAGAACGGCUAGCAUAUCCGUUUGUAGACAUGGAUAUUCGACCUGGUGAAUAUGUCAUGAGAACUCUGUUUACUGAUUUCACUGUUCAAGCUGAGCGGAAAAUGGAAGCUGUCAUGGCUGAUUUGGAACGGCCUUUAUCAAAAGUUCUACAGCGUGGGGAAGACAGUCAGUUUGAUCAACUUUUAACAGCUUUCGGUUCAGUCGCAGAGCAUUGCUUACCAUCAAUUUUAAGAGCAUUACUAGCUUGGUAUGAACGGCAGAUGUCUCCUCCUGAAGUGUUCUCUGGAGAGGCUAAGAAAUCAGAUAAAGUGGACUCAAAAGGAAAGAGUGGUGAAAAUUCUGAAGUGAAAGAAGUGGAUGUCGUCCUGGAGCGUCGUGAUUUGGCAGUCGAGUUCAUAUUUUGUCUAGUAUUGAUAGAAGUUUUGCGUCAGUUACCAUUUCAUCCUGGCCAUGAGGAUCUUAUUUCUUACAUCGAAAAUUUAGCGUUUAAACAUUUCAAGUACCGUGAAGGAUCUCAGAAUAGUCCAAAUGCUGAUAACAUUCACAUGGUUGCCGAUCUUUAUGCGGAAGUUACGGGUGCUUUGGCUCAAUCAAGAUUCCCCUCCGUACGCAAAAAGUUCACUGCUCAGUUGAAGGAGUUGCGUUCCAAGGAACCAUCAACACACACCUCUCAGUCAAUCGUAUCUUUGCUGAUGGGAAUGAAAUUUUUUCGGAUAAAAAUGGUUCCUAUUGAAGAGUUUGAAGCAUCAUUCCAGUUCAUGCAAGAAAAUGCCCAGUAUUUUUUGGAAGUUAAAGACAAAGAUAUCAAGCAUGCUUUGGCAGGAUUGUUUGUUGAAAUUUUAGUUCCAGUAGCAGCUACUGUCAAAAAUGAAGUGAACGUUCCUUGUUUAAAAAACUUUGUGGAGUCAUUAUACUCACAAACACUAGACAUGUGUACCAAAUCAAAGCAUAGAUUAGCCCUAUUUCCUCUGGUAACAUGUUUGCUCUGUGUGAGUCAAAAAACAUUUUUUCUUCAGAACUGGCACUAUUUCCUAGCCAUGUGCCUCUCUCAUCUGAAAAACAGAGACCCAAAAAUAUCACGUGUUGCGUUAGAAUCUUUGUACAGACUUCUCUGGGUUUAUAUGAUAAGAAUUAAGUGUGAGAGUAACUCGGCCACUCAGUCCCGGCUCCAAAGUAUUGUCAAUUCACUGUUUCCAAAAGGAUCCAAAGCUGUUGUUCCAAGAGACACGCCUCUCAACAUCUUUGUGAAAAUUAUACAGUUCAUAGCACAGGAGAGACUUGACUUUGCAAUGAGGGAAAUAGUGUUUGACCUCCUGUCAGUUGGCCGACCGAUAAAGUUGAUUUUAACUCCAGAGCGGAUGAGCAUUGGUCUGAGAGCAUUUCUAGUGGUCGCUGACAGCUUACAGCAAAAAGAAGGCGAGCCGCCAAUGCCAAGAACUUCUGGUGCUCUUCCAUCCGGGAGUACGCUCCGAGUGAAGAAAACUUUUUUGAAUAAGAUGCUCACUGAAGAUACAGCUCGCAGUAUUGGAAUGGCUCCUUAUUUUCCUCACGUCAGACGCGUUUUCGUAGAUAUAUUGAGAGCUCUCGACGUACAUUAUGGACGACCUCUCACCAUGACCAGCACACAAAAUGUCAACAAGGAGCCAGACGAAAUGAUCACUGGUGAAAGGAAGCCUCGAAUUGACCUAUUCAGAACUUGUGUGGCUGCUGUUCCUCGCCUUAUUCCGGAUGCCAUGACUGGCUCAGAACUGGUUGAUUUACUGUCUCGACUAACAGUUCACAUGGAUGAAGAACUGAGGGCCUUAUCAUAUCAGAGUCUUCAAACUCUGGUCAUAGAUUUUCCAGAUUGGCGACAUGAUGUCAUUCUCGGAUUUACACAGUUUCUUGCUCGAGACAUUCAAGAUACCUCUCCGCAACUUAUGGACAAUGGAUUGCGCAUGCUUCUUCAGCUUUUAACCAGCUGGAAAAAUGCUCUCAGCCCAACAACCAAAGGAGAUACGUUACGCAACUCAAUCACUUCACGUCCUGUCGAUCAACCACAGAUUACCAAAGAUGAGUCAUUGAUGAAUGUCUUCCAUAAUGUUCAGGGCUUCGCUCUAGUCAUGUUGUGUAAUUGUCGCCUGUGCCCUCGGCGUCUUGCAAUUCAUGUAUUGCGUGAAGUCAAAUUUUUGAUCAAAGCUGUCGGCUGUGAUAAAGAACAACCAGUGAUAGACGUAAUUGAUAAGUGCUGUCCACAAGUGCUGGAAAAAUGUCUUCCAUAUUUACCUGCAGCAGAGAAGACAGCUGCUCUUUCUGCCUCAGUCAUUGAUUUGCAGUGGAUAGCGGACAGAAGCUCAUCUAUAUGGACAGCAGGUGUUCAAGAAGAGAAUAGCUCAAAAAGCAGUUCCUCCUUUAACUUGAUGAGCGGUGGAACAGAUCCUUGGGGCAUUUGCUUGUUCGGUUUCCUAGAAAGAGACAGAGUUCUGUCACAGUGCCCGAGCGUAGUGACCCAGGCAUGGCCGUUUGUUUAUUCAAGACUUCAUUCAUUAUUUGCUGUCAUUGAUCCAACGCCUGUCAACGAUAACAGAGCAUCAAUUCUGAGGAGCUCAGCUCCUCCUCGAAAGCCGGUCACCGAGCGUGAUCUUUAUCUUGCACUCUGGCGCUACUAUGCAGGGUUUGCGAUGCGUGUUGUGCCUCCUGCUCCAAGUCCAGUUAUUCGCUGUGCCUCACCAGAUUUAAGUCUAAGGAUUAUGAAUUUUAGUGGGUUUGGCUCUCUGGGACGACAUGAAUCAAUGAGCUUGCAGGGUUUCUUUAUUGGCGAGUCAGAUGAGGAUUUCCAACAUGAUCCUACUGCGCUGAGUUGCAUUCCGCUACAUCAGACUGUGAGCAAAGCAAGGCACAGGCGAACUAGCUCUUCGCCAGACAGUUUGACAAUGGCAGAAAGAGGUAGCGGAGAUAAACAGACACCCACCGUAUCCCCAGCUGGACUCUACAAGUUAAUUGUUCCUCUUCUACGCUGUGAAACAACUGAUGUCAGAGAUGCAGCUGUUUUAUCUCUUGGCAAAGUUAAUUCAGAUGCUUUGAAAGAUCUCAUGGAAGAAUUGGUCGCUUACAUUCGAGAAGCAGUCGAUAGAAAACAGGAAAAUAUGCGCAGAAGGCGACGCAGAGAUGCUUUAAGAUUACAGUUGGUGCAGGUCUUUGAAUUGAUUGCAGAACAUGGCACUUUUGGAACAAGUAUCUGCGUUCUUGAUCGAGACACCCAUUCCCUACAUCCCACGAUAGUAGAAUAUGUUGAUGGAGCUCGACUCUGUCUUGAAGCAGAAUCUGACAAGGAAGCUUUAGGUGACAUAAAAUUGCACUUCUGCAAUUUUAUUCGUAAGAUGUUGAAAAGUUUCUCACUGGAAAUUUGUCAGACUCUGUUAAAGAGAGAUCUCCGUCGAAAUCUGUUUUUGCUUUUCGCCAACUGGUCUGGAAACUGGGGUCGACCUUUGAGUAGCUUUAUGUCAUCCUCAAUGUGCACAGUUGGUGCAGCAAGCACCUCAUCUCUAGCAAGUAACACGCAAGAUGUGCCGAGCGCCAAAAAUGAAGAAGAGUUACAGUUCUCUGCUCUCCAGGCAAUGUGCGCUGUUCUUUGUUGCGGCCCCUGUUUUGACCCCCAAGGGCUGCUUUCGGAGGAUGGUUCUCUCUACCCGUGGUUGGACUUGUUGUUAGCAUCCGAUAAUGAAAAGAUUCGACAAUUAGGUGAGGAAACGGUCAUACUACUUUUAGAGUGCAAUCCAGAUAUGGGAUCCCUUCUCGACUGGGUUGUCGAUCGAUGCUACACAGCUGUUCCAAAAGUCGCCGAUAGUUGCUUCCUAUCGCUUGCUACAAUCUUUUCUACAAGAGAAUAUCCAUGCGACCACUAUACUGCAAUUAUAAAUGUGACUUUGAUGAACACGGGAUGUCCAAGAACUUUGGUGCAUGAAACUGCCCUUCAACUCUUGCAAAUAUUAGAUAAACGAUUCUUCGGCACUGUUGGUCUAGUACCCUCAGAAAAUGACACUGAAGACGGAGAAAGAGGAACCUUUAGAGGAGGGACCUUGGACCUUCUUUUGUCCACGACAAGUUAUUGUAGAUCACAGCUUCAUUUGUCUCAACAGCUGGCCCAAUUGCAUCCAGAGCUGACCAUGCCUAUGUUUUCAGAAAUCACGCACCGCUUUCAAACUGCAAGGCCUGAAGUAAGGCAACUCCUCUUACAGUACCUAUUACCAUGGUUACAUAAUAUGGAACUGGUGGAUCCGAACGUCCCUCCUGCAAAUCCUCUGUCUUAUUAUCAAUACUAUGCAGGGGAUGUAGGUCGUGGAGGAUGCCACAGAGAAGGAUGGGGCUCUGUUGAAGCAACAGAGAUGGUGCUCAAUAACUUGUUUUAUAUCACAGCCAAACUUGCUGAUCAACAUCCGAAAGAGAUGGAGGAUGUUUGGGCCACUCUCUGCUCUUGCUGGCCAAACAACAUGAAAGUCAUAAUUAGAUAUUUCAUCAUUAUCUCUGGAAUGGCUCCAACUGAACUCCUUCCAUUUGCCAAAAGAGUUGUCUUGUAUUUGGCAAGAGCACGCGCUGAUCGACUCCUCGAUGAAUUGAUGACUGAAUUGCAAACUGUAGAGACAUUAAACUGUCUGAUCGAGCGGACAGAGACUCCACCAUUUUACCGUUUGACUAGUAUGCGGAAGACGUCCAGUCACUCAGAUCCAGGCCCAGGACAAAACGACAUUGGAAGCAGAAAUGAUCUAGCCGUUGAAAAAGGAACUAUCCACACAAAACGACACAGUGGUGAUGAUCCAGGAAAAGGAACUGUCAAAUCUGAAUCUGCUAUCCGAGAUUUUGCAUCCGGCAAGUUUGUGCCCCCUCGCGGUGCCGAUAAAAUUCGAACGGCAAGUGGUCCAGCGGUGCUUUCAGAGGACAACAUUACAACCUCAAACGAGCCAAUUUUAACUCAACCAACUGCGUCUGCAGACACUGAAUCCAGUUCCAAGCCAAACGAGAAGAAAUAUGACAUUCCACAACCACAUCCACUGCCUAUGCCCGAAUACGGAGGUUAUUUCGCCCCUUUGACGGAAUAUCUUCCGACAAAUAUCCAGCCCAACAGUGGUUUCCAUCGGUGCAAUGUUGCCGUGAUGCUCCUUACAGAUGUGGUAGUCGACUGCUUAGAUUUGGACUGGUCGAUUCACAUUCCUCUGAUGCUGCACAUCUUAUUUCUGGGUCUUGAUCAUGCACGAGUUUUAGUCCACGAGCACUGCAAACAGCUACUUCUGAAUUUACUUCUUGUUCUAGCGGACCAUUCAGAUCAUUUGUCUGUCGCUCAAAUUUUGCUGAAUCGUAAAACAGCACAAUUGGGUCUUGGACUGCCAGCACCAACUGUUGAUGUCUUGCAAGCCAAUUUCACAGAGCCAGAUUCAGGAUUCAGUAAAACUUACGGAACUCCAGCAUCAUCCAGUCUAGCUGUAAUUUCAUCCUCUAACAAUGAUCUCAGCAGUUCGUUUUCAAAACUUACGACAGUGGUAAUAACAAACACUGAACCGUCGGAAUGUAGCAAAAUAGAUCCUGACACCCCUAUUCAGGACAUCACAAAAUCACUAAUCGAUUUUCUUGCAGCUAGAAAAUACCAAGCGCUGUGGAGUUAUGAGGAUAUAACCGCCAAAAUGUGGACCUGCCGCAGUGUUGAACAGCUUGAAACAUUUUUACAGUACAUAUUACGAGUCUUUCGUGAAUCCAUGCCCCAUGCCCUGAUCUCGGAAAGAUGGGCCCAGACUGCGCUUCAGCUAGGUCUAUCUUGUUCCUCCAGGCAUUACGCUGGGCGAUCCUUACAGAUAUUUCGGGCAUUACAAGUUCCUAUUACUUCUCGAAUGCUGUCUGAUAUUUUAUCCAGACUUGUCGAAACUGUAGCAGAACAGGGCGAGGACAUGCAGGGCUAUGUGACGGAGCUUUUACUAACUCUUGAAGCAGCGGUCGACUCUUUGGAAUCUGAUUUUCGGCCACUAGAUUUCAUGAAGGAAAUUUUCAAAUCAACUCCAAAUUUGAAUAACAAAGAAGUGGUUCUAAGUGGUAAAAAGCCGCAAGGUAUUGAAGUUACGCAAAACUGUGGAGCCAUUAGAGUAUGUCCCAUGCCUCCACAUAAUCCCCUCGUAACCGGACACAUGCGUAGUACAAGUUAUUCUGUUUCCUAUUGUAUGCGGAGGGGCACCGGAUCUCCUUCUAGUGUCGACACAAAAGAUUUACAAUCCAGAGAAAUUGAGUGUCGCAGGGGUCUUGCAGCUAACAAGUACACAACAAAUUUAUGCCGGUCACGGUCUGCUCAGAGUUUAAAGCUUCUCGGAGAUUCAGCCACUCAGGAUGAUAAAAUGACUAUUUUAGCUCAGCUGUUUUGGCUCUCUUUAUCGCUGCUCGAAUCUGAUUAUGAGCACGAAUUUCUCCUCGCCCUAAGACUUCUCUCAAGGGUUCUUCACCGCUUACCUCUUGAUCGUCCGGAUGCGAGGGAUAAAGUUGACAAGCUUCAGGCGCAGUUGAAAUGGACUUCGUUCCCAGGAGUUCAUGCCUUACUUCUCAAGGGUUGCACAAAUCCUAACACGUAUGAGCCUGUCGUAACUCUAUUAUCUCAGUUCACCCCUCUACUAGACUUGCAUGUCGUUGAUCCAACACAGAGCAUCGCAUUUCCCAUGAACGUCAUCUCAUUGCUGCCGUAUAUGCUCCUCCAUUACGAAGAUGCAAAUGAAUUGUGUGUUCUAAGUGCUGAAAAUAUCGCACAAGUGAGCACUGAAAAGAGUAAAAAACUAGAAAAUCUUGCCACUGUCAUGACUUUGUACAGCAGGAGAACUUUCAGCAAGGAGAGUUUUCAGUGGACCAAAUGUGUUGUCAAGUAUUUAUACGAUACAUAUGCGCAUCUUAGUUUCAACAUGCUCGCUUUUCUAGUUGAGGUUCUUGAAAAAGGUCCAGCAGCAAUCCAAUCACACAUUCUGAGUAUCAUUCAUUGUAUGCUUCACUAUGUUGAUUUGGCCUCCGCAGCCGCCCAACCUUUCAAUGCUGAUUUCCUUCGAGUCAUCUCAAAGUACAUUGAAGGACCACACUACAAAGAGGCCUUGAAGAUAUUGAAACUAGUCGUAACCAGGUGCUCGACGCUGGUAGCACCCCCAAUAUCAUCUCACCAUCAAUAUCAUUGGGAAACCCAUGCUUCUGCUCCUCAUCCAUCAUUCACUGAUAUGGACGUCUUCACCAAAAAAGAGUUACCAGGGCGGACAAUGGAGUUCACCUUUGACCUAUCUCAGACCCCUGUGAUUGGGCGCCGCGCCUUUUCAACCAGUCAAGAUGCUGCUUUUAAGAAGACUGAGAAUACAGCAAUAAGCAAUUCUGUUACCUCUCCUUGUAGAUCUUCAUCCUUAUCCCCCGCUGAUAAUUUGUCCAUAUCAGGCUGGAAAAGGCCUUGGAUGUGUCAGAGUCGUGUCAGAGAGUGUUUAGUGAACCUGCUGACAACCUGUGGUCAGCGAGUUGGAUUACCAAAAAGCCCAUCUGUGAUAUUCAGUCAAACCUCUGACAUAAUUGAACGGCAAUCAAGUGUUGCCAGUAGCACUGAAGAAGUCUCCGGUCCAGAUUUAUCAGGAGGUUCCCGUCAUCCAGAUAACACCGAUCAUUUUGGCGUCUUCAAGGACUUUGACUUCCUUGAGUAUGAGAGUGAAAGUGUUGAGGGAGAAAGCACUGACAACUUUAACUGGGGCGUUCGACGUCGUCCUCUCAGUGGCGGAGAAGGAGCAAUGGAAUCAGAUAUGAAGGGUUUUACUGAAGAGAGCGUGAGCGAGAACACGCCACUCUUAACUAUCAGAAAGCAAGUCGGACUAGCUCCAGAAGAAUCGUCAGAUGAUGAUGUUGGCUCUGAGUCACCCCUUGAUGAAAUUCACACUGUAGCAGAGUUCUCACAAACUCCCGCUCCACCAUCAUCACUGAGUUUAUCUCACAGAAGAGACUCAGCUACCUCAGGAUCCAGUGGAGGGGAUCUUGGUGAUAUAACGCCUUGUAAUGCUUCUCCAAACAUCUCAGCUUUAUUGUCUUUCCGCCCAAUCACUCGAAAUGAUGCCGAAGAAAUUUGGCGGCACCAUAUCCACGCCCUAAUCAAUAGAGCUCCAUCUUCAUCACUCCAACUCUUUCAUCUUCUUUACAAAUUAGUCAAGGAAGUUAUCAGUAAGUGUGUGAGCACAUCUCGCGAAGCCGUUCAUUUGUUAGCUGAUUGUAGCGAGGUCGAAGGUUGUAAUCACUUGCUUGGCCAACUAUCAUCUUUGACCGAUAAUCUGGCCGCUCACACAGAGCCGCCACUUGUAUGGUUCAACCCUGACUCCAUCAGUAACCAUAUAACUGAGUCAUUAAAGUUUGGGAUGCUUGAGUUGCGGGAACACCUGGACACAUUAUUAGACCGAAAAGAUUACUCAGCAGAGUGCAUUGACACGCUGAAGUCCAUAAUGAAACUGCAGCAUUUGAAUGAUGACAGCACCAUCUCAAACUAUGAGUCAGUGUUAGAUUUGGGUCGAGCCCUCUACAAGCUCCAUUUCCAGUUGCUGCUCCUUUUGGAAUCAACAAACAAAAUGUUCAGUCUUCUCUUAUCAGCAAUACAUGACAGCCAGCUCCAAGAUAUAUCGGUAGACGUCAUAUCCAUAAAAGUUGCAUUGGGGAAAGCCCAAGAUGAAGCAAUGGAUUUAAGUGAUCAAGGUACCCCAACUCCAACUCCGUCACCCUCUCCUCUGCCUGUUAGCGAUCAUCCGGAAGGUACCUUGCUAGAAUUCAUCCAAGAGUCCAAGUGGAAUGCUGCCCUUUAUUUUGUUCGGCAGAAUAAGGGUUCGUGGUCUUUCGUCAGCGACUUGAUUUGCUCAGGAAUAGAUGAUGAUGAUGUAGUCUAUACCUUGAAUGUUUACUGUUACUACCUAAUUCAAAAAAGGCCAGAUGUUUUUGUCAUGACCGAACAAGAUCUGAGCUCUGUUUUAAACUCCUUAAUGGAAGGAUUAUGCAAAGUUUUAGCUGCUGUAAAUAAAGUGGAAACGUUUGUGAAACAACAGCGGCAAACUGUAUGCUGAGUUACACCAAAGUUUAUCAGUAAAGUCUAGUCAGAUGUGGAUAUUCAUAUAUUUUUUUAAUCUAUUCUAUUUUUAAUUUCUUCUUAUGUUCAAUACUGUCUUUCCAAGCAUCCUGUAUAUUUUGAUGCAGAUUAUCUCUUUAAAAUAGUUUUUUAUGUUGGAAGUCUUUAUCAAGUCAACUGUUUUCACAGGUACAUAUUGAGUAUUUUGAAUUACCCAGUAUGUUUUCAUGAUUAUCAGAUCUUGUGUCGUUCAAUCCUGCUUUCAAUAGAAAAUUACUAUUGAUUAGACUAGCAGCAUUUUAAAAGUUUAAAACCCUCCUUAAUUACCUUUAUGUGUUUGUACUCUUAAGUAAUUUCCUAAACAAGUACAUAAAAUCUUUACUGCAAGGGGAAAGUAUCAAGGUCUAGUCUAUACCUUAAGGAGUACCAUUGGACGUUUGUACCUUUGUCAUUCUUGAACCUUAACUUUAUCGAAGUUGAUUUGAAGGCAAAUCCAGGCAUUAUUUUCAAUAUUUUUUUUCACGUCUGUUUUUUUCCCUGCGCGGAUGUUUGCCUCCAGAAGAUUUUAUCAAAUUUAGGAAUCUAGGCAUUUUAAUUAAGGACAAAAUUAUGAGUAAUAAAAGUUCCCACUGUUGACUGUAUUUAUCAGUAAAAUUGCUUGCCAUACUUUUGCUUGAUAGUAUGCAUUGGUGACAAAUUUACCACAUCCUAAGGAGUUUAUUGUUUUUAAAAUAGUCCAAGUCAACAAAUCAAACCAAGUUUAAUGAAAAAAAGAAAAAAAGUAUUUGUCUGAAACGAAAUAAUUUCAUAUUCGUUGACUGAUUUUUUAAAAGUCUCGUCUGGAUCAUUAUUUUAUCGUAAAACAAUUUUUGUACUUUUUUUGUCGCUAUUGGUAUUUUAUUAAUAAAUAUUAUUUUUCAGGCCUCAGCCUGUAUAUUGUACUCCACGGAAAGCUCAACAAAAUAUUUUCUAUUUUACCUCUUGCCUUAUCAGGUACAAAUGCUGUACCUAGCUCACAUUUAGAGUGAAACGUAUCUUUUUGCGAGGCCUGUAUCUUCAGACUUUUUGUUUAACUAAAGUACAGUAUGUAACUCAAUAGUAAGUAACCUUUUUUUUUUACUAUUUUAAAGUUUUACAAGGAUUGAAGAGACAGAAAAACCUGGAAGAAAUGUUUACCUACAAUGUUAGGGUAAUUAUAGUUGAUUUCAUGUAAAAGACAUGUACGUAGUUUCUCCUCCUGAUCGAUUUUCCAUAUUGUUUAAGUUUAAUAUUGUCGGAAUAAUUUUUUUUAAAAGUUUGAACUGAAGAAAAACCAAGAAUUUUCCGGUAAUAUUUUGAAAUAAAAAGAACAAAUUGCCCCUUUUUUUGUCCCUCAGUGUUCGAUAAUCAAUCUAGAUAAUUAAGUUUGAGCCGUAAUGGACAUGGCUUAAUUUCUUAAUUUUACAAGUCUCUUUAUAUUUGGUAGAAAGAGAGAUUCAUCUUAACUCCUCUCUGAAAAAGUUGUAACACCUAGGUUCAAUCUUUAAAAUUUCAGUAAAAGAAGAAGUCGAAUCAAGUGGGAAGUAUUCUCCAUUACUCUUCAGGAAUACUUUAUCUGUCUUUUGAAAACCCAAUUGAUAGCUGCUUUAAGUUCUUUUACCCUUGACCGGUCUUUUCAAGAGAUCGAUGGUGAGGAAAUCUCAUCGAGUCCUUGUUCUAUGGAAGACUGGGAACGUGCACAAUCAUUUUAUUUGUCUGUACUUAGUCAGCACCUAAUUAAUCAAUUUGUAUAAUUAGCUACUUUGUGAUCAUAUUAUUAUGAAGAGAAACAAUUUUUGUAUAUCCUAGUAUAAUAUAAUUGAUACAUUUUCUUAUAAAA